GAGACAUAUAAAAGCAAACGACAAAACUCGCCUGGGAAGUCCAAAGAUAAGAAAGAAAUCAGGAGUCGUACUAGUCGAGAUCAAUGGAGGGAAAACUCUCCUCAGUUGCAAAGCACUUUAAGCCUUCACCCAUUCAAGAACUCUCCCACCUUGCCCAGAAAUCCAACGCCAUCAACCUCGCCGAAGGCUUUCCAGACUUCCCCGCUCCUCUUCUUCUCAAAUCCUCUGCCAUUUCCGCCAUUAAUUCCGACUUCAAUCAGUACAGGCAUGUUCAAGGAAUAUGUGACCUCCUCGCAAAGAAAGUGAAAAUAAUGCAUGGUUUGAAUGUCAACCCUCUGACUGAUAUAGCUAUUUGUUGUGGCCAAUCUGAGGCAUUUGCAGCAGCUGUUUUUGCAACAAUUGACAAAGACGAUGAAGUUAUACUUUUCGACCCUUCUUAUGAAACAUAUGAAGCUUGUGUUACCAUAGCUAGGGGAGUUCCAGUUUAUGUAGCUCUUGACCCACCUCAUUGGACCUUGGAUCCGGAAAAACUCAGGAAGUCUUUUACUGAGAAAACAAAAGCUGUAGUAUUGAACAGAUUUUGCAGUCCUCAGAAUCCAACUGGCAAAGUUUUCAGUGAAGAUGAACUCGAGCUUAUAGCCGAAGAAUGCCGCACUAGGAACUGCUUUGCCAUAACAGAUGAAGUAUAUGAGCACAUAACCUUUGACAACAACAAACACAUUUCGCUUGCCUCGUUACCAGGAAUGCAAGAACGGACUAUCAUCACAUCUUCAUUGUCAAAAUCCUUUAGCGUUACAGGUUGGAGGGUUGGAUGGGCUAUAGCCCCACCUUUCAUUGCCUCUGCAAUCAGAAACAUUCAUGUCAAGAUUACCGAUUCCGCUCCAGCGCCUUUCCAGGAAGCCGCCUUGACUGCUUUGAGAAGCCCUCCUGAAUACUUUGAAUCAUUGAGAAGGGGUUAUGAAUCAAAAAGGGAUUACGUAAUCAAGAUGCUUGAAGGAGUUGGUUUUAAGUUUCAGUUUAAGCCUCAGGGUGCUUUCUUCUUAUUUGCCGAGCUUCCUGAAGAUUGCCCACUUUCUGAUGUAGAAUAUGUCAAAAAAUUAAUACAGAAAGCUGGGGUGGUGGCAGUGCCAGGAUGUGGAUUUUUUCACACAAACUUGGCCUUGAAGAAAAGUUUUCAAGUUGAUUAUAGCUAUCAAAAUAGAUAUAUUAGGUUUGCAUUUUGUAAAAGUAAUGCCACUUUGGCCUCCGCUGCACAAAAACUAGGAUCAAUGAGAUCUUUGAGUCUAUUUACCAGCUAGUAUGGCAUUGAUAUGGCAUUGCACUUGCAGUAUAAUCAUUGAUUUUCAUGUCAAGAUUUCUCUGUCGGUGCCAAAUUAUUAUUACACUUUUAAGAAUAAAAGUUGGU